CGAAGCAUAGGAGCAAUGGACAGUUCAGCAAAAGUAAAGAAGGGAGCUGGAGGAAGGAAAGGUGGUGGCUCCAAGAAGAAGCCUGUUUCAAGGUCCGUCAAAGCUGGACUUCAGUUCCCCGUCGGAAGGAUCGGCCGUUAUUUGAAGAAAGGAAGGUAUUCGCAGCGGGUCGGAACUGGAGCCCCGGUUUAUUUGGCUGCUGUUCUCGAGUACUUAGCCGCUGAGGUCCUGGAAUUGGCCGGAAACGCUGCACGUGAUAACAAGAAGAACCGUAUCAUCCCAAGACACGUGCUGCUCGCCGUGAGGAAUGACGAUGAACUGGGCAAACUCCUCACUGGCGUCACCAUUGCUCACGGUGGAGUGUUACCAAACAUCAACACUGUUUUGUUGCCGAAGAAGACUGAAAAGGCCACGAAAGAACCCAAAUCCCCAUCAAAGGCCACCAAGUCCCCUAAAAAAGCUGAGUUCGGAUUAAGAAACUCGGAUUAGCAGGAGUUCUAAUAUUCUUAGCUGUGUCAUUUUGGUUGGAUAUCUCUGGGCUUUUGUUGUUUAGGGUAGUAUAAUUUAGGCAACAUCAAUGUCAUAUGUAUGAUACUCUAAUGGAAAUGAAAUAUCUUGUUUCCGCUCUUCGCAUA